UGUUGACUAGCACGAGUCUGAACUCAGUAAAUAGCGCACUACAUGUGCGCGUGGAGAUUUCCGUAACUUUUUAAAAUAUAUUUUUAACAUUUUAACAAAUUUAGGGUUUAAGUAUCUACUAGAACGGCAUGGCUGGCCGUGGAGGACGAGGCGCUGCGCUAUUACAGGCAUUAGAACAACCAGCCAGACCUCCAGGCCAAGGACAAAAUGGACAGAAUGGCCAGACACAGCAUCCUCAGCAUUUCUCUCAUCAAGGGCCUCCCCAGCCAGGUCCUUCACAGUAUGGCCAGCGACAACCAUACCCUCCCCAGUAUCAACAGCAACAACCCCCUUAUCAACAACCUCCUUAUCAACAACAAGGUGGCUACCAACCAAGACAACAACAUUACAGACAGCAGCAUCCUUAUCAACAACAAGACUACCAUCAGCAGCCACCAUACCAACAACAGCCUUACCAACAACAACAACAAUCAUCUUAUCGGCAGGAACGGCCUCCUUACAGGCACCAGCAGCCCUAUCAACAACAACACAUGUAUCCACAACAACAACAACAGCCUUCCUUUCAGCAAGGACCACAUUAUCAUCAGCAACCACGUUACCCAUCAAAUGCCCAGCAAAUGCCACAAGAAAACCAGUCACAAAUGCCUCAACAAUAUCAACAGGCCUCAGGGCAUGGUCAGAUGUAUGGACGUGGAGGACCAGUGUAUGGAGGUCCUGCACCCCCUUAUGGCCAGCAGCCUGCUUCAACCUUAUCUCAUCAGCAAACAGUAUCAUAUGGAAGAGGUGCCCAGAUGGCUGCAUCAUAUGGUAGAGGUGCCCCAGCACCAUCUGUUCCUGCUUCAUAUGGGAGAGGUGGUGUAACAGGGGAGACCCUUCAGUCCCAACCCUUUCCAAUCUCUGUUCCUGCACAACCAUCAGCUCCAUCAGAGAGACGCCCCUCUCCUCCCCAGCAGCCUAAAGGCCCUCAGGCACCAGUGGAGCAGAUGGCAGGACUUAAAGUAUCGGAUAAUAUAAUUAAGACUCAAACAGGCGAGAAAGGAACCGCUGGGAAACAGAUGUCACUUUGUGCUAACUUCAUACCUAUUAGAUUUAUUGAACAAAAGAUAUAUCAAUACCAUGUCAGUUACAGCCCAGACAUUGACAGCAGGAAAGCAAGACAUGGUCUUCUAAAGAGCCAUAAGGAAGUUUUAGGACCAGCCAGUGCUUUUGAUGGGGCUACUUUGUUCCUUCCAAAACAGUUGGAAAAUCCAACUGUCUUAGAGUCUGAGAGAAGAACAGAUGGAGAAAAAGUUACCCUCACAGUUACCCUUACAAGAGUUGUUCCACCUGAUGACUGUUUACAGUUGCUAAACAUAAUAUUUAGAAGAGUUAUGGCACGUCUUGAUCUUACACAAGUUGGGCGAUACUACUAUGAUCCCCAUAGACCUGCCAGUAUUCCUCAGCAUAAGAUUGAACUGUGGCCUGGUUACAUCACUUCGAUUCAGUGUUAUGAAGGUGGAAUGAUGCUGUUAUGUGAUGUAUCGCACAGGCUUCUUAGAACAGAAACCUGUUAUGAUUUUAUGCAUCAAUUGUAUUUAAAGCGAAAAGACCGCUUUCAAGAAGAAUGCAAGAAACAGCUUGUAGGAAAUAUUGUAUUGACAAGGUACAACAACAAGACAUACAGAAUUGAUGAUAUAGCUUUUGAUCAGAACCCAACAAGUACCUUUACAUUCCAUACUGGAGAGCAGAUGUCGUAUGUGGACUAUUACAGUAAAGUCUAUGGCAUAAAUUUGCAAGAUCUGGAGCAGCCCCUACUUAUUCACCGACCUAAAGACAAAGAACAACAGAAAGGUAUGAAACUUGGAUUGGUUUGUCUGAUACCAGAACUGUGUAAUAUCACUGGGCUUACAGAUGCUGUGAGACAGGACUUCAGAGUAAUGAAGGACAUUGCAGCACACACUAGAGUUGGUCCUAUGCAGAGGCAACAAGCAAUGACGAAGUUCAUUGAGAAUAUCAACUCUUGUCCUGAGGCCCUUCAAGAACUUACAUCUUGGGGAGUACAGCUUGAUCAUACCAUGCUUCACACUGAAGGUCGUCUGCUUCCAUUGGAGAAGAUAGUCCUUGGAAGCACAUCAUUUAUUUCCAGCCCUCAGGCUGACUGGGGCCAGCAAGCUGUCAAGGAACAAGUUAUUACUCCUGUUCCUCUGCAUAACUGGUUGGUGUUGUAUGUCAACAGAGACAAGAGUAAAGCUGUGGAGUUUGUUGGCAUGAUGAACAAGGUGACUCCAGCAAUGGGUAUUGAGGUGCAUCAACCUAAUAUGCUCGAGCUGAGAGAUGAUAGGACUGAGACUUACCUACGUAUGAUCCGAGAAUAUCUCAACCCACAAACUCAGGUGGUUGUAAUCAUCUUUCCCACCUCAAGAGAUGACCGUUACUCUGCAGUGAAAAAGUUGUGCUGUGUAGAAAGUCCUGUUCCUUCUCAGGUUAUCAAUGCCAAGACAAUUUCACAGCAGAACAAACUACGGAGCGUCACGCAAAAGAUCGCCCUGCAGAUAAACUGCAAACUGGGCGGAGAACUAUGGGCACUAGACAUUCCACUGAAAAGCCUUAUGGUGAUUGGUAUUGAUGUUUAUCAUGAUGCCUCCCGCGGCGGCCGAUCAGUCUGUGGAUUUGUAGCAAGCAUGAAUAAGAGUCUAACUCGGUGGAAUUCAAGAGUGUGUUUCCAGUCACCUGGUCAGGAACUCAUUGAUGGGCUUAAGAUGUGCUUUGUUUCUUCUCUGAAAAAGUAUCACGAGAUCAAUCACGCGCUGCCCGAUCGUAUAGUUGUUUACCGUGAUGGUGUCGGUGAUGGACAAUUGAAGACUGUGGCUGGGUAUGAAGUGCAACAGCUCUCCGAGUGUUUUGUCCACUUUGGUGGUAACUAUCACCCCAAGAUAGCAGUGGUGAUCGUGUCAAAGAGAAUCAACGCACGAAUCUUUGCAGCUCAGGGAGGUGGACCCAGGCCCAAACUUGAUAACCCCGGUCCCGGCACCAUACUGGACCACACAAUCACAAGGAGAGACUGGUACGACUUUUACCUCGUCAGUCAGCAUGUACGGCAGGGAACAGUUACCCCAACCCGUUACAUUAUUGUACACGACAAGUCAGAGUUGAAACCAGAUUACAUGCAAAGGUUAUCGUACAAGCUUACCCAUCUCUAUUACAACUGGCCUGGUACAGUCAGGGUGCCUGCUCCAUGUCAGUACGCCCACAAGCUAGCUUACCUUGUUGGUCAGAACAUCCACAAUGAACCGUCACAUGAUCUAUCUGAUCGUCUGUUCUUCUUGUAAACCAGUUCGGUGACGAUAGAAGCUUUACGCUGUCUAUCCACAGAAUACGGACACACAAAAAAAUUACAUCGACGAGUCUCUAUUCGUUGAAUGACAAAAUCCAGUCUUCUGGACCAGUUAUGAUCUGUUAAAUGUACCAUGUUGUUGGUUUGUUGCGAUUAUUGGACUAUAUGUAAAUAUUACCCUGAAAAAAUAUGUUGAUAACCGAAAACAUUUUGAGAGUCGUAUCUCGAGAAGUAAGUUUUUAGUUUUGUAAUACAAAGAAUUAAUUGAACGAAGAAUCCCUUUGUAAUAAUCACGUGCCUGUGAGUAAUAGGCGUGACUUAUUUUAGAAGUUGAGAUUCAGUUUAUAUAAUUAUUUACACAGCACAAUCGAUGUGAAGCUGAAUAGGGAGUCGUAUAUCAGUUGUGGAGUCGUAUGUUGUUCACGUUCAAAGUUGGCCUCCAAAUACCUUUUUUGCUGUUUAUUUGCAGCCUUUUCCCCACACUUUUUAAGAUUGAAACGGUGAAAUCUGAGACAGCUUUCUUUGAAAAUUUAUUCUCAUUAAAAAAAAAAAAUUUCUACUGAC